UCUCUAUCAUCGCCCACCGUGACAUUCAAACAUCCUGAUCCUUGAAACUUGCGAAGGAUUUCGUGAGAGAAAGAAAGAAAAAAGGAAGGAAGCAAGGAAGGAAGGAAGGAAGGAAGAUAGGUAUAUAAAAAGAUAAAAAGAAAAAGAAAAAGAAAAAAAAAAGAGAAAAAGAGAAAGAAAAAAAGGAAGAAAAAAAGAAAAGGGUCUAAUCCAGUAGCAGGAACAGCAAUAGCAAUAGUAAUAGUACGUAACGUGUUGCUGGCAGGCUGCGUGGAAAAUCGAAGAUAUUCACGAGGAUCGAGGGUGUUCAUCCUGAUGAGCUCUCGUGAAUAAAUAAUUCAUGAUUCUUUCCAGGAUAGAUAUCCUCCUUCCUUAGUUAGAGAAUGACGGAGAGAGAGAGAGAGAGAGAGAGAGAGAGAGAGAGAGAGAGAGAGAGAAAGAGAGAGAGAGAGAGAGAGAGAGAGAGAGAGAGAGAGACAGGGAAGAAGAGAAGCAUGCGCAUACGCACGUAGCCAGAAACGUAGAGAGAACGAACGUUCGGGGCGGGGUCCUGUUUGGUCAGGAUGAUGCGAGAGGACUGACAGGAGGCAGAGGAGCGUGAAGGAGCGAGGUGAAAAAUGGACGACUGUUAAACGGGAUUUUAGCGUGUGUUGACCGAGGCAACGGUACGUGAUGUAAAGGAAUACCUUCGAGAGAGAAAGACAACGAAGAACGAGCGAGUUUUUAUCUUUUCUCUCUUUUUCUCUCUCUCUCUCUCUCUCUCUUUUUCUCCCUCUCGCUCUUGUCUAUCUUGUAGUUCGACCUUCCUGAAUCGAUAACGCGCAUAACCUUCAACCGGCUAUCUUUUUUCAUAGAAAUCUAUCGACUGUUUAGGAAACGAACGUCAUUUUGUUCAUUGCUAAAUGAUUAUUUAUCCUUUUCCUCUAUGAUAAUUCAAACAUGUGAGUAUAUUUUUUUUUUUUUCGUCGAAUUGCAAAAACUUCUUUCUUCUCUAUCUUUUUUAUCUAGAUUAUUUUCUAGAUUUUAUAGAAAUUUUCAAUCGGGAAGGAUCACAGAAAAAAAAGUAACAAAAAGAAGAGGAAAGAUUUGUAAGUAGGUAGUUAUUACUAUACGUCCAAAAAAAAAAAAAAAAAAAAAAAGAAAAAAAAGAAAAAAAAACCGAGCGUCACCCGUUAGAUGUGCAACGUACUUACGGUCUUUAUCAACGGGAUCUGAGGAAAUAAACGGUUUCCUGAGUGAAACGUGCUGCCGCUUCUGGUGCUGUUUUUGCUCGGUGUGGGCCAACCAUAAGGGAGAGAUAAUAAAAACUGUCGUGAGGGAAACUGUUAAAGCUGCGUUCACAUUGUAAAUACGUAUGCAUAUUGAUAUUCUCUCGUUUCUCAGAUUGAAUAAAUUAUUCAGAUCGAAUAAACUAUUCAUUAUUAAAUCAUUUGCUUUCUCUCGAUGAGAUUAAAAAAAAAAAAAAGAAAAAAGGAAAAAAAAAAUAAGAAAAGAAAAAAAUAAUAAUUAAAAAAAAAAAAAAAAAAAAAGAAAAAGAAAAAGCAAAAAGCAAUAAACCUUCGUAGAACGAUCAUAAAGAAGAUUUGAAUCUUUUCGGGUUGCCUUUUUUCUUUGACAAUCUUUUAUCUACGUAAUUUGCUUUAAUCGCGUUAUCUUAUCGCAACAACUUUACGAAGUACAUAACCAAUGAUAACGACGCAAUCCAGUACACACGCUUGUCGAGAUAAAACGCGGUAAUUACGGAAGGACGAGGACGUUAAAUAGUCUCGCAAGAGAUCAUCAUUGAAAAUUCGUUUCCAAAGACUUUUACGAAAAUGUAUCCAAUGGCGUCGACUAAUAGCCAUCGAUUGUGUUCGAGCAUCGGGCUCGGAUAAUUUUCCCAUAGGAAGAAGGGUCUGAUUGUGGGAGACAAGACGAAGUGAAAAGAGUUUCCGUGAUGCGACACGUCAUUGUUCUUCGCUCGCAUUGUUUUCCUCGAUAUAUGGGAGCUCUACGUCGAAAACCUGGCCGAGAGAAGGACCGUCUUAAUCAGGAUGGGAUGGUUGUGGGUCGAGGGUACUUCAAUGAAGUUACCCCUAAGGGCAUUGAACCUUCGUCAAGCGGCACCCAGUCUUUGUCAGCCUCAUGCCCUAGCCCUUGGAUUUACUCUGAGCAACUCUCAGGGGCAUUCGCUUGCUACGUUUUGGGCCGACACAGAACCGAUAUACUGGUCUUGGGUGAAAGCGAUAGCAGCAGAGUUGGUUAGACAGACUCCGUUUCGUGCUCGAAGAUGCCUGAACUUCCUCGAAAUCCUGACGAUUUGUCCAAGAAGUCCAGCACCAUUUCCAGAGAGUCUCACUGAAUCGAGGAGACGUUCACGAAGCGAACUUCGUUGUUGGCCGAUCGAAUCUCCGAUAGAAAGUAAUUCGAAAAAUUCUACGAGUAUACUCGAAGAAUCUAGAAGAAGAGCGAGAAGCGAGUUACGCGGUUGGUCUAGCAGUAAUUCAAGCGACGAGGAUAAUUUAGGUGAAUUUCGUAGUAUACCGGCAAUAAUAACAACGAAGGAUCAAACUGUAACGAGAACAUGGGGUUGUAGCGAGAGUAGCGAAGGUAGUGACGACAGUCUUCCAUGGGGCGGUGGAAUUUGUCGAUCGAGUGUGGACUCCGUCGAUUCGACGAUCUCCUUGUCAGAACCAGAGACCAAAGAACAAAGGAUACAAAGGUACAAGGAAACACGUAGACGAGAAAACGAAGCCAGAAGUCGUCGUGUAUUGGAAGAAGAUGCUAGAAGACGAAAAGCGAGAGCCGAGGAGAACAAUAAUGAGCUUCCAAAAAUAUACGGACCGAGAAAUAGAUAUUAUUCUGCAAAUGACAACGACGAUCUUAUUCAACGAUCACCGAAGAAAGAAUCACCAAUUGUUAAUGAGUCCACCGAGAUAGUUAGAAACGAAAACGUUAGAUUACCACCUGUCAAACCGGUCGAACCUUUCACGGUUAGAUUCGAAGAGAAUGAAAGACCCGAGGACAAUAAUAAUAAUAACGAUAGCAACAAUAAUAAUAACAAUAAUAAUAAUCAUAAUGGUAUUACUGGAAACGAUCAAACCCGAUGCAAUAACAAUAACACCAAUGGCAUCUUAAGGACCGAUGCGAAUAACGAACGUAGAAGUCGAGCCAGAGAGAGGCGAAUUUUUCGUGAGAAGGGUCAAUCUCAACAGCCUCAACAAGUAACGAGUAACAACGUUGAGAGUUUGCAAGAACGAAAGGAACGAUUGGCUGCGAUAUCAUCAAGAAUACCGGUGCCGCGUCAGUUGUCUCAAGGAAAUGAAAGAACAACCAUCGGUAGAUGCGUUACGAGUUCAUCAUUGAUGGAUGGUUGCAUGAGCUUGCCUAGAUCAUCAACAACAGCUCUGUCGAUAAUGAAGGAACCACCUUGCGAGGAAGACGUUGCUAGGCUAUUGGAAAGGUGUCAGAGGGUCGAUCAUUACGUACCGGUUCGUGAGAAGCUAACCCUGUUUGAAUCACUUUCGAGAUUAGGCGGUAGAUUGGCCAGAAGUACGGAGGAUCUUGGUAGAUCGGAAUCGAAACCGAGUCCAAGAGGAAAACAACGUGCCAGAUCUCUUCACGAUUUAAAUCGUGGCGCUAGGUCAGUACCGGUACGCGAAAUGUGCCGAUUUUUCGAAGGUGAUCUACGUGACACAGGUCAGAGCAAUACAAUUAACAACAAGUACACGACAUUGACAAAAACAUCAACUAGAUUCAGCGAUCCGCCGACGCCAACUAGAAACACAACAUGGAAGGAUAACUUGAUAUCCACGAAAAGCGACGCCCCAUGCGUUAGAACGUCUACAAGGAAGAAACAUUAUGCGAAAUGAUCAUUCUCGCGAUAAUAAUUAUUACUUAGAAAGAAAUAAAAGAAUGACGUGUUCCUCUUGUUGUCUCUUUUUUUUUCGAGGGAAGAAACAGAGAGAAAGUCUCUCGAUUGCGUUUAUUUCAACGAAGCUUUCAACGAUUCUAUCGUUUCGUACGUGCUCGUAUACGAUUGUCCGAUAAGUUAUGACAUGAAACUUAUGUUAUAAUAAAGAAGAUCGAGUCGAUAAUUAAUAACAUUUGAAAUAGAAGAAAAUAAGAAAUUCUUUGUAAAAAAUUCUAAGAAAUUCUUGGUAAGAAUUGUUUCAUCGUAAGAGUACAAAAAAUCUUUUUCAAUACAAUAUCAAAUAUAAUUAUUAUUUCACGAUUUAAUUAUAUCCAAUUAUUUCAGAUGACGUGAUAAUUAUCGAUAAUUGAUAUAUAUAUAUAUAUAUAUAUAUAUAUAUAUAUAUAUGUAUGUAUAUAUAUAUGUAUACACACAUCAUUUAUAUCGGAUCGUAGUUUUUCUCUAAAAUACAAUAACAAAAUUUAUGAAGAUAAUUGGUUCGAACAAAAAAAUUCGAAAAGAAAUAUCUUGAGUUAUAUAUGCGUUGUUAAGUACGUUUGACAAAAAAAAAAGAAGAAAACGAAAAAAAAAAAGAAACAGAAAAAUUGAAAAUCGACCGAGCGUUUUGUCGAUAUUAUUUUUCGAUUGAACACGAGAGAGAACUUCCUGUGAGAGAGAACAGAACGAGCAAAGAGCGAGCUCGAGAUCGAGCUAAGAUUUCCCGUCGAGAGAGACGGGACAAGAGAGGGAGUGGAGAGUGUGUGGGGGGUGAUGAAGGGGCAGGAGGAGGGGAGGGGGAAUCAGGGAAACCGGUAAUUUACGUUCACCGAGCGAUUGCAGCAAUGUCGAACACCUGUGUGGACAGCGCUGCUCUCCACGUAUAACACGUUGAUCGCCUUUACGGUCGACUUCUUUAAUUAUAUUUUUCUUUUUUUUCCCUUUUUUCACUCUUUUUUCCCAUUCUUUUUUUAUUUUUCUUUUUUUUUUUUCUUUCUUCCUUUUUUUCCUUUUUUCCACUUUUGAUCGCCUUCGUGCCAUUUUUCUACGUACUAUAAACAUGAGUACUACGAGAAAACGGGAUUAUUUUCUCGAAUGAGAAUGACGACGA